AUGGAGGUCGUGAGCGCCGCACACGGCGCGUUUGGUCCCCUGCUGGGGAAGCUCACCACCUUGCUCGCCGAUGAGUGUGCUCGGCUGAAAGGAGUCCGCCGUGAGAUCCGCUCCCUCAAGUCAGAGCUCGCCAGCAUGCAUGCUGCACUGAAGGAGUACACCAAACAAGAAGAUCCAAAUGACCAAGUGAAGACCUGGAUAUCGUUGGUCAGGGAGUUGGCCUGCGAUACCGAGGAUGUCAUCGACAAGUUCAUCCACCAGCUUGGCAGCGGAAGCCAUCAUGGUGAUUUCAAGGAGUUCUUCCGCAAGACCGCUCGUCGUCUCAAGACACUUGGGUCUCGUCGCGGAGUCGCAGACCAAAUCGACGAUCUAAAAGAUCGCAUCAAGCAAGUGAAAGAGCUCAAGGACAGUUACAAGUUGAGUGAUGCUCCUUCUAGCACCGCUGGCCCUGCAGCCGUGGAUCCCCGACUGCAGGCAAUAUUUGCUGAUGAGGCACACCUUGUGGGGGUGGACGGUCCAAGAGACGAUCUUGCCAAGUGGAUGUUGGAAGAAAACAACUCCUCCAAACACUGCAAGGUUUUGUCAAUUCUCGGGUUUGGUGGAUUGGGAAAGACAACACUAGCAAAUGAGGUAUAUCGCAAGAUUCAAGGAAAUUUUCAUUGUAAGGCUUUUGUAUCAGUCUCACAAAAACCAGAUGUAAAGAAAAUCAUCAAGGAUGUAAUCUCUCAAGUGCCAAGCGAAGAUGGAUCCAAAGAAGAUACUAGUGAUUAG